AUGGAUGAUGAUGAUGAUGAUGAUGAUGAUGAUGAUGAUGAUGAUGAUGAUGAUGAUGAUGAUGAUGAUGAUGAUGAUGAUGAUGAUGAUGAUGAUGAUGAUGAUGAUGAUGAUGAUGAUGAUGAUGAUGAUGAUGAUGAUGAUGAUGAUGAUGAUGAUGAUGAUGAUGAUGAUGAUGAUGAUGAUGAUGAUGAUGAUGAUGAUGAUGAUGAUGAUGAUGAUGAUGAUGAUGAUGAUGAUGAUGAUGAUGAUGAUGAUGAUGAUGAUGAUGAUGAUGAUGAUGAUGAUGAUGAUGAUGAUGAUGAUGAUGAUGAUGAUGAUGAUGAUUGA